AUGGUUAGAGGCCAUGUAAAUUUCUUGUUCCGAAUUUAUGGUUGUGAGAAAAGCUUAUCUAGGGUUAGGGUUUUGCUGUCCAAUCAGUAUCCCACUGUCUCUGACUGCUCUGUAUCGCCAAAUCUCCCAUCUUUACCCGAUUGCAAUGUCUCAAACCGCUCAAUUUCGACGAAUUUAGUUCAUCUUAGAAUACCCACACAGAACCCGGGCGUUGCGAAACCAUUUUCGAGUGACGUAGAAGAUGGAGGUGAGGAUGGGAGUGAUAGUAGAACAGUGGUUGAUGAUUUUGAUGCUGAUGUGGGGAAAAGUUCUGAGCUUGACUACUUAAGUGGGGAUAAAGCUUGUGCUUCAGCGAAUUGGGGAAAUGGUGAUGGAGAUAAUGAGGGUUUUAUUUGUGAUUCUAUGGUGGUGGAGUCGGAAGAUGAUGAUGAUGAGAAUGCGUGUUCAGUGAGCUUUCAGCACGUUGCGUCAUGCAACGCUGUUGAAUUGUAUAGGGAGCUUUGUGAUAAUGAGAAGGUUGUAAAGCACAAGCAGAGUGAUUGGGAGACUCUUCAAGAGGUUUUUCGGUAUUUUGGAAAUUCAGGGUGGGCAACCGAUCAGGCUCUUGGAAUAUACAUUAGCAGGUCAUUUUUUCCUACCGCCGUGUAUAAGUUUCGGGACAUCUUCUUCAAGAAGUGUACUGCUGAUGUUGGCAAGUAUGUGGUGUCCCUGGGUCCGUCUGAUGAUGCAGUAAAGUUUUUGUUUCCUGUGUUUGUUGAGUUCUGUUUGGAAGAGUUUCCUGAGGAGAUCAAGCGCUUUCGUGGUAUGGUUGCAUCUGCGGAUCUCACUAAGCCACAUACUUGGUUCCCAUUUUCUCGGGCUAUGAAGCGUAAGGUGAUUUAUCACUGUGGUCCAACCAAUAGUGGGAAAACUUUCAAUGCUUUGCAACGGUUUAUGGAAGCAAAGAAGGGUAUAUACUGCAGUCCUCUGAGAUUAUUGGCUAUGGAAGUCUUUGACAAAGUAAAUGCACUUGGGGUGUAUUGUAGUCUUCACACGGGACAAGAGAAGAAAUUUGUCCCAUUCUCAAACCAUGCUGCUUGCACAGUGGAAAUGGUGUCGACUGACGAAAUGUAUGAUGUUGCUAUUAUUGACGAAAUUCAGAUGAUGGCCGACCCAUAUAGAGGUUUUGCGUGGACACGAGCAUUACUUGGGUUAAAGGCUGAUGAGAUACAUCUAUGUGGAGAUCCAAGCGUUCUGAAUAUUGUUAGAAAGAUCUGUUCAGAGACUGGUGAUGAGUUGUAUGAGCAGCAUUAUGGGAGGUUUAAGCCAUUGGUGGUUGAAGCAAAAACACUAUUGGGAGAUCUUAAAAAUGUUAGGUCUGGAGAUUGUGUGGUUGCUUUUUCAAGAAGAGAGGUAUUUGAGGUUAAAUUGGCAAUUGAAAAACACACCAACCACCGGUGUUGUGUUAUUUAUGGUGCAUUGCCACCAGAAACUCGUAGACAGCAGGCAAAUUUGUUUAAUGAGCAAGAUAAUGAAUAUGAUGUUCUUGUUUCUACUGAUGCGGUGGGAAUGGGUCUGAAUCUUAAUAUUAGGAGGGUUGUAUUCUAUAGUCUUGCAAAAUACAAUGGUGACAAAGUUCUCCCAGUUCCAGCAUCUCAGGUGAAGCAAAUUGCUGGAAGAGCUGGUCGGAGAGGAAGUGUCUAUCCAGAUGGACUUACUACCACAUUGAAUUUAGAUGAUCUGGAUUACUUGAUCGAGUGUCUGAAGCAACCUUUUGAAGAAGUUAAGAAAGUGGGGUUGUUUCCUUUCUAUGAGCAGGUUGAGCUAUUUGCAGGGCAACUUUCUAACAUUACGUUCUCCCAGCUACUUGAAAAAUUUAGUGAAAAUUGCCGCGUGGAUGGGUCAUACUUCUUGUGUCGACAUGAUCAUAUAAAGAAGGUUGCAAACAUGUUACAGAAGAUUCAGACGUUAUCUCUGGAGGAUCGUUUUAACUUCUGUUUUGCCCCAGUAAAUAUCAGAGACCCAAAAGCUAUGUUCCAUCUUCUAAAGUUUGCUCAAUCAUAUAGCCAGAAUCUCCCUGUCAAUAUUGCUAUGGGAAUUCCAACAGAUUCUGCUCGUAGUGAUAAGGAACUCUUGGAUCUUGAGACUAAGCAUCAAGUGUUGUCUAUGUAUAUGUGGCUGUCCCACCACUUCAAGGAAGAAACUUUUCCAUAUGUGAAGAAGGCUGAGGCAAUGGCAACAGAUAUUGCAGAAUUGUUGGGUCAGUCCCUGACCAAUGCUGAUUGGAAGCCAGAGUCAAGGCAGGUAUCAAAGCCUCAACAGAAAGAAGGUAGUUAUGAGAGGCCAUUGUCACGCAUCAAACAGUAUCACAAGAAAAGGCAUGACCAGUCUGUAAAUCGUGAGAACUCAGAGAAGGUGUUGUUAUGAUUCUUUUUUAUGACUCGCGGGAAAAGGCAUGACCAGUCUGUAUAUUGUGAGCACUUAGACAAGGUGGCUGCUUAGUGGUCAUGCCGGUAAUUCCACUAUCACAGUGCACCAAUCCCUUAUUCUGUCAACAGUGUGUAGAAUUUAAUGAUAGUUCGUUAUGUCUGUCCAUCAAUAUUGAUUUAGUUUUUUCACAUACCACACCCAAUACCAAUUCGCAGUGCACCAAUCCCUCUUAUUCUAUCAUGAGUGUCAGUGUUUGAAGCAGGAAGACCCAAAGCUAAUAAACGUCUUGGUUCCAAAGACUCGGUGGAAGCUGCCCCCAGAUUAACAGCUAUGGUUCUUCAUUAUUUCUAUGGCGGCUUCAAAUAAGGUUUUGAGGUC